UUUUUAGUAUCUGAAACAUACCACGACCCAUCUAACGUCGUGUAUGGCUAAAAUGUGAUAAAUUAAAUUAACUGAAUGUUAAUUAGAUUAAAUUACAUAAGAGGGGCGUUUUGCUUGUGGCUAAUCUAAAUUUGAUAAAAAAGAGUUUGAGCACCUCACACCACGGAAGAAUGCAAAGGUGCACCAAGUGAAGAUGAAAACAAAGAGUCACAUGUUCCGGAUCUAACAACUCAAUGGACUACACACAUUUGUCAAUGGUCGUAAGCUGUGUUGAUAGGAGCUGGAUUUCCAUUCAAACAGCACUGGAUUGCCUCUCACUCGAACGUUUCCCUCGCGACUGUCCCGACAAUAUUUCUUCCUCCUUGUAAAUAUUGACUUAAACCCCGAGUUCAGCUGAAGGCGACAAGCGGCAUUUCAUUUAUUCAGUUCGCGUAGUUAGUAGUACAUCGUCUGAGUGUUUUGAUGUGGAAAAUUGGGCUGUCAAGGAAAGACUGUGUCAAGGAAAACUUGUCAAUUUUAUUUUAUUGACAUGCGUCUCAUGGUAAUCGGAUACGUUUUUCGACUUCAGAUUUUUUUUUUACCUAGAGGGCCUCAUGAACCUGAACAACAUGUGACGAAAUGACUAUAUUCCGAUGAAUGUACAUGUAUUUAUUCACACCAUGCUGAUAGCUGCCAAACAAGCCAUGGAUGCAGCCAUCACUAGUCGCACAACUACCACGGAGUUUCCCGCCACAACAGAGAUCAUGGUUACCACCAACACGUCCACCAAUACAACCACCGAUGGUUUAAGGAAUAAAAGUGAAGGUUAUGUUGGAAUGAUAGUAGUGAUGUUCAUUCUCGCUCUGGUCUUCAACAUUUCUGCUCUUUUUAUGAUCAUUAAAUCGUCCAAGUUCCAUAAAUGGAGCGCAUUUUACAGACUGAUGAUAUCGCUAACCAUCACGGACUUAUUCGGAAGCAUCACAUGUUUUCCCGUACUUCUGGCAACAUAUGCUAAUAACGUGGAAUGGCAGGGUGGACAGCCAGUUUGUGACUACACCGGGUACAUGAUCAGUUUCGUCUUUUUGUCGUCUGCUUCUAUCAUCGGUGCCAUGUCGGCAGAGAGAUUCAUUGGAGUUUGGUUCCCAUUCUUCUACAACAGCAUAGCCAAAGAGAAGCGAACCAAUAUUAUUUUGGGUGCCAUUUGGACGACCGCAGCUUUUAUAUCCCUUCUCCCCAUCAUCGGGUUCGGGGAAUACGUUUUACAAUAUCCGGGGACUUGGUGCUUCUACAAUUUCAGAGCCAAAAAUCGGAUAGACGAAGUGUAUGCCUAUAUGUACUCUAUUGUGUGGAUUAUUAUAAUUCUUUGUAUUAUUUCAUUCAACGUGUUAGUCAUAAUUAGAUUAACCCUGAGGCGAUUGAGGACACACGACAAGAAAAAACAGAAUAGUAAAGCCAACAGAAACGAGAUUUUCUCCAUAAUUCUUUUGGUCGUCAUCGUCAUAGUGACAGCCACGUGCGGAAUACCGCUGGCGAUUCGAGCCAUUGUGAAUGAGAGUGGGUCAACAAAGAACGACAAUGCUGACCUUCACGCAAGUAGGAUGGCCACCUUUAACAUGAUUCUAGACCCACUCGUUUACAUCUUCUUCCGAAGGGAAAACCUCGAGUGGUUGUUCCGAUUUAUAAGGAAAAAGCGAAAGAAAUCCGAUAAGACGUCAUCAGAGGCCAGCAGCACGAGCGCAAAGACGGACGAAACGAACAAGUCUGCGACCAAUCUGGAAAAAAUUGAACCACAGCUCAGCGACUUGAAUAAAGAAUGAUUAUUUUGUUUUUGGACGAGACGAUUAGGUCUGCAACCAAACUUGAGGAAACUAUAUCGCAACUCAGCGACCUUGAUAUGGACUGGCCAGGUUGUGAAUUUUUACCCUCAAAGACACAUGACUUUGUUGUGGUAAACACUAUUAUAAAAAUAAUAGUGCUAUAAAUAAUUAAUUACAUUUGAAAUCCAUUAUUCCGUACGUACACCAUGCGGAGAGUGCUAGGGAUGUCGGAUGUGGGGUUUCUGACUGAAAGGAAGUGGGAUUUAGGAUUUCUGACUGAAGGGAAAUCAGAUUUGGGACUUGAUCUCGUGACUAUUACUGUUUUGUCAACCAAUUCUUUAAAGUGCUUUUUUUAUUAUGAUAAAUGCAUUCAGUUUAAAAGUGCGAUGUUUGUCACAGAGUGAUGACAGUAUUUUAUACUCAGAUGUACUAUGACAAUGUUGUUUGUAUUUUUGAAUGUUUUAAUGCUACAUAUUGCGUUUGAGAUGAUGGAUUAUCAGCAGCCAUAUAACUGUCGUUUGAAUUACAGAAAACGCACAGGAUCAUCAGAUACACAGGAAAUAUAAGGCGGCCGUAUGGAUUUUCUGAAGUAGGAAACAAAUAGGAGUACUUCCUACAACUGUCAUUGUUUGUACUGGUAUAAAAUUCCCCCAGAAUACGCCAUGUCAGUGUUGUUUUGACGUCAAUUUCUGUUUAUAUAUACAUGCAUCAUUCUUGUAAGAAUUCAAACAUGCCAUAUUUGACAAUAACAGAAAAUCUGACGGAUUUUACCAUAUAUUAUCUUCUCUUCAUGACGAUUUGACCUGUAGUGUUUAGUAUCAAUUUUCACCUUGACCGAAUUUCAUACAUAUACGUAUAUCAACUCGGUGUAACUAUAAAUCCUUAUCGUCUGUGAAAGACGAUACGUAUUCACAGAAUGGUCAAUAUGAAAUCUCUGGUGUUUCUCAUCUGUUUAGCAUUUGGUAAGACUCUGAACGAUUUGGUUGCACUUUAUAAAACGCUUUACUUUUAUUCAAAUGUAUUCAAUCCAACUCGACGAUCGUAACGUCAUUUGAAAUUCAUUGUUUUAAAAGAAGGAUUUCUGGAGCCAUUUAAAAAUAAAACAAAUGAAUUCGAAAUUCAUAAUACUUCAGAAUUUAAUGACAACGUAAAGUUAUGAAGUUGAAGUGGUGUACACCCUUUUUAUUUUGUGGACAUCUUCCAAAAAAUAUUUUAAUGUAAGCAGAGAAAAUAUGUUUGCCGUGUAUCUCUAGCAUGUUAAUGAUUACAGACUAAUGUAAGGUUGUCUUCUCAAAUGUUAUUUAGAAAAUCAUCAUUUACAUGUAUAAGUUGGAUGCAGUUAGAUUGUGUUAAUAUAUGUUAUACUUUUUAUAAAGGCAAAGUGAAAUGCUCUCCUUUUAGUUGGCUGUACACAUUUCUUGAAAAUCUAAAAAAAAUAAAAAUGAUAUAUUGGAGAUCCGUGUAUGGAGUUAUGAGAUUGAUCAUUGUUUGUUAUCUUCACCUUCUCAUAUUGAAGAAUACAGAAGUGUAGUUUUACUUCCGGCAGCAAUUUUAGAAUUGUUCAUGUUUUUCACAUGUCAGAUUUUGAAUACACUUGGAACAAAGUACAUAUGUAAUUAAACGGAUUAGGUUUGUUUUUCAAAUAUGUGGUAAAUAAAUAUUGAGACAUUUUAA